AUGAAUAAAUUUACAAGUUAAAUUUCGCUAAAUAUUAUCCUGUAACCGGAGAACUAUCCGUAGAAAUGGUACAUCCUUAUUUAACGACCUAUAAAUAGCAUAAUGCCAAUUACGGCAAUGGUUCAAAAAUGGUAAUCAGUAUACAAGUUGGUAAUCUAAGCGUAUAAAGCUUUUUGAGGUGAUGUUAUCGAAUCCAUGUGAAAUAAACGCUAAUCAUGUGAAUAAUUGCUAACAUAACAACUCAUCGCCGUCCGCUGCAUUGAGUUUAAGUUUAUAUAUAAAAAAUUAGUGCAAAUAUACAGUGGUGAAAUCUAAAGUGGCACAAUAGUUCAAGCCAUAUUGAUCAAAAUGAAUGAAAAGGUGGUGCCGAAUUUCACGAGCUACAUCAAUGUACUGCCAAUGAACAACGGUGACAAAAAUGGAUCCUUACCAGAGUUAAAACCAAAACUACUGAAUGGCGAGCAAGUGGUUGGCGUGGCGGAAAGCGUGGUCUUGUUAGCGCCGCUGAGCGAAAGAGAGCGCGGCCGCUUCGGGUCACUCUUCGUGACCAACUAUAAGCUCACCUUCGUGCCUAUCGACGCCUCCAGCAACGAUGAAUAUGGUCAAAGGAAUCAGCUAGUUGGGGCAUUCGAUGUACCGUUAACAGGAGUAGGUGCACUGUGGCAAACUGAUGGCGGUCUCACGAGGCGUAGGAGGCUGGUACCGCGGUCCGAUGUGCCGGCCAAGUUGAAAGGGUUACAGGUGGUUUGCAAGAACAUGAAAGUGCUCUCAUUCAAUUUCACGAACUCUCCCAUCGGGAACGGCAGGCAGGUCGCGAUAGCGCUACUUCACCACGCGUUCCCGAAAAGACACGACCUUCUCUUCGCGUUCGAGUACCGAGAGCCGUACUACCCCACUCUCCCCUCAGACCUGAACAUGUUCCAACGACCGGGCGACUGGAAGAGGGAGCUCGAGCGGUGCGAAUGCCCCCAUUGGAGGAUAACGUGUAUAAACGGGACGUCCGAUGCGUUCAUGCUGACUGCUGGGGAGACCCUGAUAGUGCCCAGCUCGGUGCUGGACUACAACUUGAUAGAGAGUGCCAGGCACUUCCGCUCGGGGAGGGUGCCGGUGUGGGUGUGGGGGAGGGCGGAGGGCGCCGCGCUCUUGAGGAGCGGCGAGCUGUUGCCGACGGAGCAGUCCGCCACUGCCGAGAGCGUGCUCUUGGAACAGGUCCGGCGCUCCCACCCCAAGUUAAAACCUCCGCACGUGCUGUACCUGUGCGGCAACAGCUUUUCCAGUAUCAGCAAUGCGGGCACGCUGCCCUCUCUCAGCACGUUGAACUCCGCGUACAAGAAACUCGCGGACCUCUGUACCCCCACCACCCUGUCCGGCUUCUGGAUACAAGACUCCCAGUACUACUCGAUCCUUGAGUCGUCCCGCUGGCUGCGCUACGUGGCCAACUGCCUCGCCUUCGCGGACGACGCGGCCUCGCACCUCGCCAACAACCAGACGGUCGUGGUUCAAGAAGGCGAUGGAGUGGACUACAGCGCGGUGGUGUCGUGCCUCACUCAGCUGCUACUUGACGUGCACUUCCGGACCAUAGCGGGCUUCCAGUCUCUGAUACAGAAGGAGUGGAUAGCACUCGGACACCCAUUCUGUGACAGGUUCGGUCUACCCAGACCGGGCAACACGAAAGAGGAGUCAGAACGGGAACCGACAGCUCAGAUAGCGCCCGUGUUCCUCCUGUUCCUGGACUGCACCUGGCAACUCCAGCGACAGUUCCCGGCCGCCUUCCAGUUCACGGAGACCUACCUCACGACGCUGUGGGACUGCGCACACAACCACCUGUUUGAUACCUUCCUCUUCAACUGCCCCCGGGAUAGAGAGCUAGCCGUAUCUAAGAACUUCGUCCAAAGGCCGCUGUGGGACUGGGGCGAGCAGUUCUCGGAGCAAGACAUUGCUCUGUUCUACAACCCGCUGUUCGCGCGCCGGCCGCCCGCCACUCCCGUGCAGAGGCUAUUGGGCGUAGUGUCCGCAGGGCACGCGCCGGCGGGCAGCGAGCGAGCCGGGCGCCUGCAGCCGUGCACGUCGGUGGCGGGCGCCGAGCUGUGGUCGCAGUGCUACGAGCGCUGGCUGGCGCCGCUCGAUGCGCCGCGCGCCGGCCCCGUGCAGUACUACCUGCACCACUGCGCCGUCAGCGACCAGAUACAAAAACUAAACGAUAAGCUGUCAACCAUGUCCAUACUCAACCGUCAUUCAAACGGCGACACGGAGUUAAGAGAACUCCCUCCCACUCCGGUAGUAACCCGCUUUUACCCCUUCAGCGUCAAGAGUAACGAGACGGUAACAAGAAGUCUAGACUCUAUGCAGGUGAGUCUGAUAGACGCAAGUCAGUUAUUGGACUCGCAGUCACUGCUGAACGCACCGGAUUAAUAUUAAUGUCAUAAUUAAAUAUAAUUUUUCUGUUUUGGCUUCAAAAUAAUGAAAGUUAAACCGCUCAUGGCGCGAUGAAAUGUAGAUUAUUAUUUUAAUUAUUGUUUCAAUUGCUGGAAAUUAAAAUGUAAUUUUACACGUUUAACCGCAAUAGUAACUAAGUAAUGCAUUUUGCAUUUACUCUUAUGAUGUGCGUAAAGAAAAAAAAAUAUAAUUACCUCUCCAAGUAUUGAAAUUUCUAUUCAAAGAUUCAUUGUGAUUCAAAAUAAAAUGAUGUAACCUACACAUAUAUGUGUAGGGUAUAUAUAUUAUUGGGAAAAUAAAUAUAUAUUUUGCAUACGUGUAAAACUCUUAGUCAAAUGAUUACGAAAUAGUAUUCGGUAUUACUAGGUUCACCGAAUUUUCAUUCAAAGCCCCAAAGUUGGUGACAAGUUAUACCUAGUACUAUAAGUAGGCUAUAACAGUCCAUUGAUGGACACGAGGCCUCACCAAACGGGUGGGUAUGCACACAAUAACCACGCUUUAUAUAUAUAUAUAUAUAUAUUUAUUCCCAAUCGUA